CAACCUACAAGUUGUUGACUGCAACUAGCCCUCUCUCAGAAGCUAAACUAUCGCCUCAAUAGUUGCCCCAUAUCCCACCAUUACCAUGACUACCGACGGAACGGCCAAACUUGCUGUCCUCAUAGACUCAGACAACGUGACACCCAGAGUGGCCGGCCAGGUGCUCGCAGAGGUCGCCAAGUAUGGCAUUGCCUUUGUCAAGAGAGCCUAUGGCGACUGGACUGGCCCAGGCCUUAACAGUUGGAAGGACCAUCUGCUCGAUAACUCAAUCCAGCCAAUACAGCAGUUUUCCUACACCAAGGGCAAGAAUUCAACCGACUCAGCCAUGAUCAUCGACGCCAUGGAUCUUUUGUAUUCCAACAAAUUUGAUGGUUUCUGUCUCGUCUCGAGCGACAGCGACUUUACUCGGCUGGCCUCCCGAAUUCGCGAGUCUGGCCUGGUCGUGUACGGCUUUGGGGAAAGAAAGACUCCCAACUCACUUGUCAGGGCUUGCGACAAGUUCAUCUACAUUGAGAACCUCACACCAACAACAAUAACCGAACCAACAACAACAGCAACAGAACCAACGACAACGACGGGACCAACGACAACGACGGAAGCACCGAAAGAAGCAACACGAGCCAGUGUCAACGAACAAGUCAAGAAGAUACUACGAGAGGCUGUAGAGGCGAUAACGGCCGAAGAAGAAUGGGCUCGCCUCGCCGAUGUCGGCAAUCUUGUCACAAAGCGGCAUCCCAGCUUUGACUAUCGCACAUAUGGGUUUGCUAAACUCAAUGAACUCAUCGCUGCCACAGACAUGUUUGUGAUUGAGCGCCGUAGUCCCGGAGUGGGAAAGCCAGAGGUUGUCUACCUGCGAGUAAAGAAGGGUGUUUAGAGUGUUUUGCGGAAGAUCGCGAUGGAGAUACGCAUUGACUUGGAAAUGGUAGAGGGCGGUGGCUUGUUAGCUAGGGUUAAGAAUGUAUCUUUUGAAUGACCCGGGGUUUAUCAUCCUUUGCAGAUAAUGGAGUACACUUGAUCCGAAGGCUCAUCUG